AUGAUUCCUCGUUCACGACACUCGGGACGCCUCAUUCUCGAGCGCUCUCUCGUCCAUGCAACACGAGCCUCUUCCGAAGUCGCCGCUGCCCGAUGGGCUUCUUCUCCCGCCUAUCGCAACCAUCACAUCUGCGGCCGCCGGCUCCCCGCUAUCCAGCCGCGGUUAGUCGCUGCAGCUUUUUCAACAUCCGCCCGAGUCGCGAAAGAAAAGGAUAACAGUGAUAAGGGCUUCUUCGAGUCUGCCAUUGAGCCUUUGACCGAACCCUUGUCCGAGGAGGAGGCCAAGGCGAACGUCGAGAACAAGCGCAAGGAAGCCGAUGGAACGAUAUUGGCCGAGUCGAAGAACCCAGGCCCUGACUCACCAGGGUCUGGCAAAAACGACGGCGGUAGUCAAUCGCAGGACGGGAAGGCAGGUAGCGCCGCAGGAGGUGCUGGCUCAGGAUCAGGUGGUGAUAACUCUGGCGGUGAUGGAAGCCGCCGCGGCCGUAAGCCUUCUUCUGAGAAAGCUCUCCAGAAACCUGUAGUGCCUGAGGUCUAUCCUCAGGUUCUAGCGAUUCCCAUCGCCCGAAGGCCGCUUUUCCCCGGUUUCUAUAAGGCUAUUACCAUUAAGGAUCCCGAGGUGGCAAAUGCAAUCACCGAAUCGAUCAAGCGUGGUCAGCCAUAUGUUGGAGCUUUCUUGUUCAAGGAUGAGAACGAGGAUGAGGAUGUGAUUCGAAACCCUGAAGACGUCUACGACGUUGGUGUUUUCGCUCAAAUCACAAGUGCCUUCCCUAUCCAUGGCCAAGAAGGUGCUUUGACUGCCAUUCUGUACCCCCACCGCCGUAUCAAGCUGUCUAGUCUGCUACCACCUGGUGGCCAAGACACUGCUAAGAAGACCGACUCCAAGACCGAAACCAAGGCCGAACCUGUGCCGGAACCGAUUCCCCAGAAGCCUGCUGAAGAGGAAGCUACACCCGAGAAGAAGGGGGAUGUUGUCGCCAGCUUCGAGGAGAGUGCCGUUGAGAAGAAGCCUGAUCAGGUUGCUGAGAAGUACGAGCCAACAUCAUUCCUCAAGAGAUACCCUGUUAGCUUGGUCAACGUUGAGAACCUCGUCGAUGAGCCCUACGACCCCAAGAGCCCCGUUAUUCGUGCUGUCACCAAUGAGAUUGUCAACGUUUUCAAGGAGGUUGCCACAAUGAACAAUCUGUUCCGAGACCAAAUUUCUACCUUUUCUAUGAGCCAGUCUACCGGAAACGUUACGUCAGAACCCGCCAAGCUGGCCGAUUUUGCUGCUGCUGUGUCUUCAGGCGAGCAGAAGGAGCUUCAAGAAGUCCUUGGAUGCUUAAAUGUUGAGGAGAGAAUGCAAAAGGCUCUCGUGGUACUCAAGAAAGAGCUUAUGAACGCCCAGCUGCAGUCCAAGAUUAGCAAGGAUGUGGAGAAUAAGAUUAGCAAGAGACAGCGAGAGUACUGGCUUAUGGAGCAAAUGAAGGGUAUCCGCCGUGAACUUGGCCUUGAGUCUGACGGCAAAGAUAAGCUUGUCGAAAAGUUCAAGGAAAAGGCAAACAGCCUUGCCAUGCCUGAAGCUGUACGCAAAGUCUUUGAUGAGGAGCUUAACAAGCUUGCUCAUCUUGAAACCGCUGCCUCCGAGUUCAACGUGACAAGAAACUAUCUCGAUUGGCUCACCCAAAUCCCCUGGGGCAGGAGGAGUGCCGAGAACUUUGGCAUUCCUCACGCUGUCAAGAUCCUGGAUGAAGAUCACCACGGUCUGAAGGAUGUCAAGGACCGCAUUUUAGAGUUCAUCGCCGUUGGCAAGCUUCGAGGCACUGUUGAGGGUAAGAUCCUCUGCUUUGUCGGGCCUCCUGGUGUGGGUAAGACAAGUAUUGGAAAAUCUAUUGCUCGUGCUCUCAACCGAGAAUACUACCGAUUCAGUGUCGGUGGCCUCACUGACGUCGCUGAGAUCAAGGGUCACCGAAGAACCUACGUUGGUGCCCUACCUGGUCGUAUGAUUCAGGCUUUGAAGAAGUGCCAGACUGAGAACCCCCUGAUCCUGAUCGAUGAGAUCGACAAGAUUGGCAGAGGUUACCAGGGUGAUCCCUCAUCUGCUCUGCUCGAGUUACUCGACCCUGAACAGAACAGCUCCUUCUUGGAUCACUACAUGGAUGUGCCCGUGGACCUGUCCAAGGUUCUGUUCGUCUGCACUGCCAACAUGACAGACACUAUCCCUCGCCCUCUUUUGGAUCGAAUGGAGCUCAUCACCCUUUCAGGCUACGUCGCCGACGAGAAGAUGGCCAUUGCUCAACGCUAUCUUGCUCCUGCUGCCAAGGAGACUGCUGGACUUCAAAACGCCGAUGUCACUUUGAGCGAGGAGGCUGUUGAAGAACUCAUCAAGUCAUACUGCCGUGAGUCCGGUGUCCGAAACCUCAAGAAGCAGAUUGAGAAGGUAUACCGAAAGUCUGCCCUCAAGAUCGUCCAAGAGCUUGGCGAGGAGGUUCUACCUGAAGAGGAGGCUCUCACCGAGGAAGGCAAAUCUGCUCUUGAGGAGGCCGAGAAGAAGAGCAAGGUGGAGGCUACCGCAGAAGGCAAGGAGGCUAAGGGGUCCAGCUCGAACGAGACUGGCGCCGCUACGGAGAAGCCUCGCAAGGCUCUCAAGGUUCCUGACUCUGUUCACGUUGUUAUUGGCAAGGAUAACCUGACUGACUACGUCGGCCCACCUGUCUUCACCUCUGACCGUCUCUACGAGGUCAGUCCUCCUGGUGUUUCCAUGGGUCUCGCCUGGACGCAAAUGGGUGGUGCUGCCAUGUACAUCGAGUCCAUUCUUCAAGCCCCUCUCCGGCCCUCUACACGGCCUCACCUUGAGAUUACUGGUAACCUUAAGAACGUCAUGAAGGAAUCCACUACCAUCGCCUACUCUUUUGCCAAGUCCUUUAUGGUCAAGCAAUUCCCUGACAACCAUUUCUUCGACAAGGCUAAGAUGCAUCUCCACGUCCCCGAUGGAGCUGUCUCCAAGGAUGGCCCAUCUGCUGGUAUUACCAUGACCACUUCGCUCCUUUCACUUGCUCUUGAUGCUCCUGUCAACCCUACAGUUGCCAUGACUGGUGAGAUCACACUCACCGGAAAGAACAUCAAGGAGGGCCUUGAGGGCCAUGCCGUGGCUUGGUACCCUGAAGUCUUCGAUCUUGUUUUCCCCAACAUUGAUAAGGAGCAGGCCAACAAGUGCAAGAUUUGCGAGUGGAAGGCUCAGCAAAAGAAGAGUGAUGCCGAGCCUGCUGAAGAGGAGGACUAA